UUUCGCUUUUGCUCAGUUUGACUUGUGCGGGCACCCGUAUUAUCGACUUGUUACCAAGGCAGCCAGGAAGAAGCUGUGAAGGGAGCGGACCCCCACAGGAGCAACUAUGGACAUCCGAGAAGGCUGACAACUCCUACUACUACUACUUUUUACACCUUAGGCUGCCACCAUGGGCACUGCAUCCUCUUUGGUCAGCCCAGGAGAGGUGAUUGAGGAUGGAUACGGGGGUGAAGGAGGAGAAGCCUGUGAGAUCCCAGUGGAGGUCAAGCCCAAAGCCCGACUCCUGCGCAGUUCCUUUCGCAGAGCACCUCGGGUGAUUGGGGCCAGUUUUAAAUCCACAGGUUCUGUUGAUCUAGAGUACGCUGCUGAGUAUGAAAGACUCCGUAAAGAGUAUGAAAUCUUCCGUGUCAGCAAGAAUAACGAGAUCUCGUCUAUGCAAAAGAAGGAGGCCAAGCUGGAUGAGGAGAACAAGAGGCUGAGGGCUGAGCUACAGGCUCUGCAGAAGACCUACCAGAAGAUCCUUAGAGAAAAAGAGAGUGCUCUUGAGGCAAAGUACCAAGCUAUGGAAAGGGCUGCCACCUUUGAACAUGACAGAGACAAAGUAAAACGGCAGUUUAAGAUCUUCCGGGAGACAAAAGAAAAAGAGAUUCAGGAUCUCCUGCGGGCCAAAAGGGAUUUGGAGGCCAAAUUGCAACAGUUGCAGGCUCAGGGUAUCCAGGUUUAUGACCUAAAUGAUUCUGACUCAGAUGACAACCAAACCACUGUCACUGCUGCAGGGACGCAGUGUGAGUACUGGUCUGGUGGUGUGCUGGGAAGUGAGCCCUCUAUGGGUAGCAUGAUGCAGUUGCAACAGACCUUCCGAGGACCGGAAUUUGCCCACAGUUUGAUAGAUGUGGAGGGACCCUUUGCAAAUGUGAGCAGAGAUGACUGGGAUGCUGCAGUGGCCAGUCUGCUUCAGGUCUCCCCUCAUGUGCCCCAGGCUUUAUGGAGUAACACAGUGCGCUGCUACCUAAUCUUUACCCAGGAGACCAAAGCUGAGCUUGAUGUCUUUAUUAAGAAACACUCACCUGUGUUACGGAGAAUGUGUGAGAGUUUAGGCCAUUUCUACCUGAAUGUCUGCUUCCCAGAGGAGAAUGCCGCCUCAUAUGAUGUGGAGCGCAAGCAGGAGAUUGAAAGGAGCUCCGUGUGUGUGCUUCUUGUCAAAUCUACUGUCACUAGCUCUGUGGUGGAGGAUUGUGAGGAGGCUUUUGUGAAGAACCCAGAUGGCCAUCCACUGGUGCUCUACCUCAGGACUGAAGAAGAUCCCAAUUUGACUGGAGCCACCAGGCAACUGCUAGAAAGGAUCAAUGCUGCAGACAAGGCUGCUAAAGUCAAGGUGGUGGAUCAUAGUGGUUCUGUAGAGGAGGGGGCUGACCUCAUUUAUUGUCAACUGGAAAAAGUCAUAAAACAGGAGUUGCUGUGUCUUGAAGGAGCAGAUGUCGACUCUAAGGACUCUGAGAUAGAGGAGGGACGUGAAGAAGACUCAGGCGAUGUGCUGUGGGACCUGCAUGAUGAGCAGGAACAGAUUGAGUCCUACCAGCAGGCCUGUAGCUGCACCACCUCCCAGUUAGGCUUCCAGAAGUAUAUAGAUCGUUUGAAUGAUAUGAUAGCUGCUCCUCCUCCCACCCCUCCUCUGCUGGUGUCUGGGGGUCCAGGCUCAGGAAAGUCUCUCCUGCUCUCCAAAUGGAUCGAGCAGCAGCAGAAGCAGUCCCCCAACACCUUGUUUCUUUAUCAUUUUGUUGGUCGCCCACUUUCCACAAGCUCAGAGCCGGUUCUCAUUAUCAAACGCCUCACAGUCAAACUGCUGCAGCACUUCUGGUCCAUUUCUGGCUUGUCCAUGGAGCCCAGUAAGAUCUUAGAGGAGUUUCCCCGCUGGCUUGAAAGACUAUCAUCACGCCACCAAGGAAACAUCAUCAUCAUCAUCGACUCCAUUGACCAAAUACAGCAAGCAGAAAGACACAUGAAGUGGCUGAUUGACCCGCUCCCUGUCAAUGUCAGAGUGGUGGUGUCUGUGAAUGUAGAGACGUGUCCUCAAGCUUGGAGGUUAUGGCCCACGCUCCACUUGGACCCACUGAGUCCCAGAGAGGUCAGGAGCGUUGUUGAUGCAGAGUGCCAGAGCAUGGAUCUGAAAUUCACCAAGGACCAGGAGAAGAAGCUGGAAAGGCACUGUCGCUCUGCAUCAACCUGCAAUGCAUUGUAUGUCACACUACUGGCAAGAAUGAUCAUCAGCAGUAUACCAGGUUGCUCACUGGAGAAGAGCCUGGAGCAGUGUCUCCAGUGUCAGGACACCAUGUCACUCUACCGCCUGGCACUCAAGAUGACACUGAACUCCCUCAACACAGACAGAGAACGACACAUUAUGAGAGAGAUACUGUGCCUUGUAUGUGCCAGCCACAAUGGAGUGAGUGAAUCAGAGGUACUAGACCUUUUCCCAGAACUGGAGCUGCCUGUCCUGUCCUCUCUGCUUUACCGCCUGAACAGACUCUGCAUUGUAACCCUCCGUUGUGGGCUCAUCAGGUUUCAACACCUGCAGGCUUGGGAAGCUGUGAGGUUGGAGUUCCUGGGUGGAGGAAGUAGCUCGGCUGCUUACAGAGAGAAACUCAUACAGUACUUCAGUCAGCAACUCAGCCAGGACCGCGUGACGUGGCGUGUGGCAGAUGAGCUGCCCUGGCUGCUCCUACAGCAGGAGGAUCGGACCAAACUACAGCUCAGCCUCUUGAACCUGUUUGUCUCCCAAAACCUCUACAAGCGGGGUCAUUUCUCCGAGCUGCUAGCCUACUGGCAAUAUGUGGGCAAGGACAAAAGCUCCAUGGCCACUGAGUACUUUGAUUCCCUGAAACACUACGAGAAGAGCUGUGAGAGCGAAGACGGCAUGACCAAGCUGGCAAACCUGUAUGAGACCUUGGGACGUUUCCUCAAAGACCUGGGCCUCCCCAGUCAGGCCGUAGCACCUUUACAGAGGUCCCUUGAGAUUAGGGAGACAGCAUUGGACCCGGACCAUCCCAGCGUCGCUCGCUCCCUGCACCAGCUGGCUGCGGUUUAUGUACAGUGGAAGAAGUAUGGCAACGCUGAGCAGCUGUACAAGCAGGCCCUGGAGAUAAGUGAGAAUGCCUACGGUGCUGAGCAUGCCAGCGUAGCACGAGAGCUGGAGUCACUCGCCAUGCUCUAUCAGAAACAAAACAAGUAUGAACAAGCAGAGAAACUCAGGAAGAGGUCAGUGAAGAUUCGUCAGAAGACUGCUCGCCAGAAAGGCCAUAUGUACGGCUUCACUUUGUUGAGGCGCAGAGCUCUGCAGCUGGAAGAGCUGACGCCGGGUAAAGACUCUGCAGACUCUGCCAAGACACUAAAUGAACUUGGUGUCCUGUACUACCUCCAAAACAACCUGGAUGCAGCCAAGAUGUUCUUGACCCGCUCUCUGGAGACACGUCAGCGUGUCCUCGGUCCAGAUCACCCAGACUGUGCUCAGUCCCUCAACAACCUGGCAGCGCUGCACACAGAGAGGAGGGAGUAUGAGACGGCUGAGGACAUGUAUGAGAGGGCGCUAGACAUCCGCAAAAGGGCCUUGUCCCCAGACCACCCCUCGCUGGCAUACACACUGAAACACCUCGCCAUGCUCUAUAAACGCAGAGGGAAGCUGGAAAAGGCUGUGCCGCUGUAUGAGCUGUCUCUGGAAAUCAGGGAAAAAAGUUUUGGGCCCAAACACCCCAGUGUGGCCACAGCACUGGUCAACCUGGCUGUAAUCUACUGCCAACUAAAGAAGCACAGCGACGCCUUGCCUCUGUAUGAACGAGCGCUGAAAGUGUAUGAGGAUAGUUUGGGGCGCUCUCACCCGCGGGUCGGAGAGACCCUUAAAAACCUGGCUGUGCUGAGCUACGAGGAGGGGGACUUUGAGAACGCAGCAGAGCUUUACAAACGUUCAAUGGAGAUAAAGGAGGCCGAGCCAUCGUUGGUGUGUGGGAACGCACCGUCACGGCACUCUUCCAGCGGGGACACGUUCAGUCUGAGGGGACCUGCUCCCCCACCACAUGCCCCGAGGUGACUCUGUUCAGCCAUGUAUUGCCACAGAACUAUAUAGGUAUUGAAAGCUGUAACUACCAUAGAAUAACAAACACUUCUGACCCCAUGGUUUCAUCAAGACGGGAACCAUCCCGGUCCUCGCACUGUGAUUGUUGUCCAGAUGGAGAUUUUAGGGUUUGUAACCUGCCAGUACGAGUGAAACCUGUGUAUUUAAGAAACCUCCGUCACAUCUGUCCUUUUCAUGGCACUCAGGUUUACACUUAUCGUUCAUUCAGACACUUUGAUCCUAUGUACAUGCGUCACAGUCAGCAAAAUAGCAUCACAGAUUAAUUUGCCUUCUUGGAAUGCCAUGAUGGUUUAUACAUCAUAUCAUAACCCAUAAAACUCAUUAAGACACAUUCUGUGCUUUCCAAUGUACAGCAGAUAUUACUCUAUGCACUUUUUCACAACUUUCUUUUACUAGGUUUACAGGCAGGAAGAGAACCAAAUGAAUUAUUCUUUAACUUUGAUUCUAAAUGAAGGACCUCUAGAUGAAAUAUGAACUAUCAAACAUUUCCAUAACUCAGUCUGAUCAUGCUUUUGUCUUACCAAAAUUGUUCAGACUUCAAACAGAUUUGUUGCUAAGUCGACAUUCAUAGAGCUGCCGUCUCGAAAUCAAAUGUGCAUAUUGUUAAAUAAUGUGUGCAUGUCAUUAAGAUAACACUUGUGUUUACAUUACAUAAAGUUUACCUACAGUACCAGUAUUAAGUAUGUCAUCUAAAAAGGAGAAAAUGUAGAACCAAAGACGAGUUCACACAACUAAAUGUUUGUGUAUUUAUUCAUUUACAAAAUGGAUUUUAAGGGAUUUGCCAAAACCAUGAUUGUGCAGCAUGAGUGUCCUGGUUAAAGUACCAUUCAGAAAUGAUUUGUUGUCUGACUGAAUGUACAUGAAGAGACCCGGUGUACCAAAACAUAUCGUCUCAUUGCCUCAAUAUAGUACAUAGUGUAUCUUAGGUGUUUUUAUAUACGUGUGUAUUAAUGUAAUUCAAAUCUGUAAAAGCUGUACAGGACAACAACAACAAAUCACACCCAGUAUAUCUAGAAGAUUGUAUUCCAUCUAAUAAAUAUUUUAUUGAGACAACUUAAA